GCGGGAGUACUAAUAGAGACCAAAAGCAACUGUAACACUCCUCUGCUUCCAGUGUUAAAAGCUGACAAAGAAAAGUGGCGGCUGGUGCAUGAUCUACGAGCUGUAAAUGAUGUUGUUGAAGAUAUGUAUGCAGAAGUUCCAAAUCCACACACGCUGCUGACCAACAUCCCUCCAGAUGCUAAAUACUUUACAGUAAUUGACUUAUGUGGAGCCUUUUUCAGUGUGCCGCUUGCGGAGGAAAGCAGAUAUCUAUUUGCAUUCACGUAUAAAGUUAAACAAUACACAUACACAAGGAUGCCACAAGGAUUCAAACAUUCCCCACAUUUGUUUAAUCAAGUGCUGAAAAAUGAUUUGGAGGAAUUAGAAUUGCAUGAAACUCUGAUACAGUAUGUGGAUGAUCUUCUGAUAUGUUCCCCCACAAUGGAACAAUGUCACGAGGACUCCAUGUCUGUAUUAAGAAAAUUGGAAAAAGGCGGACACAAGGUGUCAGAGAAGAAAUUACAAUAUUGUCAGACAGAGGUUGAAUAUCUAGGCAGGUUGGUAGCACAUCAAACUAAAACCAUAGCUCCUAGUCAGCUGGAAGGAAUUGGUAAAGCACCCAAACCGGAAACAGUCAGACACAUGAUGACCUUUUUGGGGAUGACAGGGUUUAGUUCAGAUUGGAUAGAGAACUAUGCUUUAAAAACUGCGUCAUUGCGAGACAUCAUGAAGGAGGCAGGAACAACUAACCUACAAGCUCGGUUAACAUGGAAUAUAGAUGCAUCAGCGGCAUUCGAAAGCAUAAAACGUGAAAUGCAAGGGGCAAGCACAUUGGCAAUUCCAGAUUACACCAAGCCGUUCCUGUUGUACGUAGCUAAUAGGAGUCAGGGCUAUGCAUCGGCAGUGUUAAUGCAGGACUUGUGUGCUGGUAGGCGGAGUCAACCAAUAGCAUACUACAGCUCAAAGUUGGAUGCGGUAGCACAGGGCUACCCACCAUGUUACCAAGGAUUGGCUGCAGUACAAUAUGCCUAUGACAAGGCCUCCUCCAUCACAAUGGGGUAUCCGGUGACGAUUCGGACACAUCACAAAAUCACAGAGUUGAUUGAGAAAGGAAAGUUUGUGUUAACGGAUGCUAGGUUGUUGGAUUAUUUGACAUUACUAACAUUUCCAGAUGUAACGAUAGAAAAAUGUUUCACGGUGAAUCCAGCAGACAGAAUACCACAUGAUUUUGAAGGGACACCACAUGACUGUGUGGCUGAUUCUCUCACUUUUACUAAACUAAGGCCCGAUCUAUUGUCUGAGCCCAUGGUUGGGGCAGAAGAGGAUUUCUUUGUGGAUGGAUCAUGUUUCAGAGAUCAUUUGGGUAACCAUGCAGGUUUUGCAGUGAUUAGACAGAAUCCGGACCACACAUUCGCUGUUGUUCAUAGUUUGCAGUGCGCACAGCCAUGCUCAGCACAGUUGGCUGAGUUGAAGGCUCUUACAGCGGCCUGUCAAGAGGGAGCGGGUAGAUCGGUGAACAUCUACACAGACUCUGCAUAUGCGCACGGCAUAUGUCAUUUGUUCGGGGCAGUGUGGAAAAUGAGGGGGUUUAAGAAAACUGAUGGAUCCCCCAUAUUGCAUUGUAAUCAGAUUGUGGAAUUGAUGUCGGCGUUGAUGCUGCCAAAACAAGUGGCAAUAAUCAAAUGUCGAGCGCACAGAAAGGGCAUUGAUAAUAUCACGAAAGGUAAUAACGCUGCAGAUGAGGCUGCAAAAGUAGCUUCGGACAGUUGCAGGGCAAUCCAGUCAGUAUUAUCCAUGCCUGAGGCCGCGCCUAGUGAGGACGACAUUGUCCGCAUGCAGGAGAAAGCUGGUGUCUAUGAGCAGAACAUGUGGCUGAAAAGAGGUGCUAUACGCUCCUCCACAGGGUUAUGGAGAACUCAUGACGGGAUGAUGUUGGUGCCUACGGCACUGUUGGGGUUACUCAUCACUAAUGCGCAUGGUUUUGACCAUUGCGCAAGGGAGGAGGUUUUGAGGAGAAUUAGAAAACAAGGUUUUUCUUCACCAUACUUGCAAACAAUGAUUGAUAACCAGUUAAAUGAGUGUGGAGUAUGUGCAAAAAACAAUGUAAGAAAAACAAUCACUACUCCAUUGGGGCACAUUCCUACACCUGAAGGACCAUUUAGACAUUUGGUCAUGGACUAUGUUGACAUGAUUAAAAGUAUAGGUGGUAAAAGGUAUAUGUUAGUUAUCAUAGACAGGUUUAGCAGAUGGGUAGAAGCAGUCCCAUCAAAAGACCAAAGUGCAGCUACAGUGAUUACAUUUCUAACUAGAGAAGUCAUGCCAAGGUUUGGAAUUCCGUCAGAAAUAAGUUCAGACAAUGGGGCUGCUUUUAUUCAGAAAACACUAAAACAAGUAAUCCAGCAUUUGCAUGUCAAACAAAGAUUAGGCUGCGUCUACCAUCCUCAAUCACAAGGUAUGGUGGAGAGAGGAAUGGGACGCUUAAGACAAAGAUUAGCAAAAUUAAAUUAGAGUACUAAAUUAAAGGACUAAUGCACUACGACUGACACUAAUGAGUUAUCGCAUGAAAACUAACAGAACGACGCAUCUAACCCCGCAUUAAAUGCUUAAGGGUCGACCCAUGCCUUCACUUGACAUUCGAGGGUCCCAAAAGGGACUUCUAUUGGA